UUGGGGCUGCUCCGCAAACGCUCCUGCCAGUCCAGGCGACGGCCAGUCUAUCUCAGGAGGCAAUCAGCCGGCCAGCCCAGCAAGAGGCCGCCUACCCUGGGGUUUAGGCUAGUUUGACUUGGUCUCCUUCUGAAGCCAUGCCUAACGCAGCAACCCUGGGAAAAGAGUUGUGACUCCCGCCUUCAGGGAUAACCUAGGAGCCGCCUCCGUUUGCUUUUCCCCACAACCUGCCCCCCCCUCACGCCGCACCACAAUUGGAGAUCCAGGAAUCCAACUUCAUCUCUUGGUGAUCUGGGGCUUGUUCUUUCCUUCUCCGCUUCCCGCGAAAGAGAAUUAUGCUUGGCUCAAACCGUCUGGCAAGCUCCGCUAGCAUUGCCAGCGCUCCCGAAGCCACCAGACGAGCGUCCCAGGGCAGGCCAGUCCGCUCCCGCCUCGCUUUGCCUUUGCUGCUGACUCUGUUGAUUCUCACGCCGCGGGUGGACUCAUCGUGGUGGUAUAUUGGAGCCCUGGGUACAAGGGUGAUUUGUGAUAACAUACCAGGACUAGUCAACAAACAGCGGCACUUGUGCCAGAGUUACCCAGAUAUCAUGCAAUCCAUAGGUGAAGGAGCUAAAGAGUGGAUUCGGGAAUGCCAGCACCAAUUCCGUCACCAUCGUUGGAACUGCAGCACUUUGGACAGAGAUCACACUGUUUUUGGCAGAGUCAUGCUCCGAAGUAGUAGAGAAGCAGCCUUCGUCUAUGCAAUCUCCUCAGCUGGAGUUGUAUAUGCCAUCACCCGGGCCUGCAGCCAAGGCGAGCUGAAAGCCUGCAACUGUGACCCCCAUAAGCGGGGACGCUCAAAGGACGACAGAGGGGACUUUGAUUGGGGGGGCUGCAGUGACAACAUCAAUUACGGCAUAAAGUUUGCAAAGGACUUUGUGGAUGCCAAAGAGAAAACAGUGAAAGAUGCCCGUGCUUUAAUGAAUCUGCAUAACAAUCGUUGUGGCAGAACGGCUGUGAAGCGUUUCCUGAAACUAGAAUGCAAAUGCCAUGGUGUCAGUGGUUCCUGCACCUUAAGGACUUGCUGGCUGGCAAUGUCAGACUUCCGCAAAACUGGAGAUUAUCUUCGGAAAAAAUACAAUGGUGCCAUCCAAGUGACUAUGAACCAAGAUGGCUCCGGAUUUACUGUGGCCAAUAAGAACUUCCGGAAGCCCACAAAAACUGACCUUGUAUAUUUUGAGAACUCUCCUGAUUAUUGUGUGAUGGAUAAACCUGCAGGUUCACUAGGAACUGCUGGCCGUGUGUGCAACAAGGUAUCACGUGGGACUGAUGGAUGUGAAGUCAUGUGUUGUGGCAGAGGUUACGAUACCACUCAAGUAACUCGAGUCACUAAAUGCGAGUGCAAAUUCCACUGGUGUUGCGCUGUUCGCUGCAAAGAAUGUGAAGACACCAUAGACAUUCACACAUGUAAAGCACCAAAGCGUGCAGAAUGGAUUGAUCAAACUUGAGACAGUGAUGGACAGAUCCAGAAAAGGAAAGGAAAGCUGGUGCUGUGUCACCUGUGGGCCUGAGGAUUCUGGGAGUUAUAGUUCAACCACAUUGCAUUUAUUUAACUCAUUUUGAAAAACAAAGAGAAGAUUAUCUUUCCCAAGGGGCAUUAGUGGGCUCCUUUGCUCACCAAGCCGAUUAUCAUCUCCCUACUUUAAAAAAAAAUGAAUUAGCAAAUGACAGUGAACUGUGCAGCUUUCUCUACUUGGUAUUACUGUUCCAAAAUGGGAGAGUGAUGUUGCUGAUAAACAUAGGACGCUAAGAAUCAGGCUGUGAUUUAGUGCCUCAUUAAAAAAAAAAAAAGUUUACACAGUAAACUAUAAAUACCAUAUGCACCAAAAAGUAGGAGAAAACAACCACAGUUAUUUUAUCCACCCUGGAUAAGCACAUUAUUUUCAUCUUUCAAACAAAGGCCACCAUGCCUGCAUUAUGGACAUCAGCUGAAAAAGAGCAAUUUUGUGUAAAGGACUUUCG